AUGUCAGAAAAGAAAGCCCCAUGCCUCCUACUCCCUGUAGAGCUUCAGACUCAGAUUUUUUCAUAUCUCCCAUUUCUCGACCAAAUCCACUGCAUGUCUAUUGCCCCUAUCUGGUAUGCGAUCCUUCAGCAAGAGAGCUUCAAGGAUAUUCGAUAUUACAACCACAUAUACCCCACGAUUCACCGACUCACUUUCGAAGAAGACCUCGAAAUCGACCUCCAUGUAGUCGGGGGGCAUAUUGGAACGGCAUCAAUCUGGAAACGCCCUGCACCCUACAAGAACAAGCCACAAUAUCUACUCGCGAACAUCGAUUUAAAAUCCGAACAGCCAUCGGUUUUGAGCGAACGAAUUUUCAGAGAUGAUUUCAGCGGAUUUUCUAAAGACAAGAUUGGGCAAAUUCAUGUCUCUCUUAUCGAAGUAAUCCUUGUGGCGUUUACUUCGAACGAUCCAAAUGCUCGUUUUAGCGGGCCUUGGAAACGGCGGUGGUUACUUUCAGAGCAAAUAAAUCCUCGCUUCGAAGGGAUGACUAUUUUGGAUCUUCUACAGUUCACGAUGGAUGUAGUAGCUGCAAGUCAUAAUUUGGCAAUGGAAAAUUUGGUCACAGUUAAGUUUGUACUCUCGGGCUGGAAGAGACGAAGAUUGGAUGUCGUAAUUAGCAUCUAA